GAGCAUUUGAAGCAAACCCAGCUCUUACACAACGGUAUUGGUGGUGAUUCCCGGACAUAUUGAGAUCCUAAGAAGAUAUAAUUGUGGAAAGAAAUUUCCCCUUUGCAUCCAUUUGCAUCCGCCUUGAUGGGCUUCACCUUGCCAAAAGGCUUUGGAAGAUUUAUAGAGGCAACGAGCUGGCGGCCUGCUGGGAAUGCAAAUGCAUGCUGCAGCGUUUCCGCCUCUGAGCUCUGACAAGAAAAAGAUAGCAGAAGACAACUCAAGGAAAACGUACGGUGGAUAAAGAAGUGCUAGUUUGCGCUCUGUAGGGGCUCUUACAUCUCACCGAUAACUCGAGCAGCGCCUCCGCAUAGAUAACACCAAGUGAAGGAGUUGUGGCACUCGCAGAAGAGUUGUGCUCGGUUCAUUUUGCAUCAGUAGCGGAAAAGAGGGUUGUGCUCGCCUUUUCUCGGAGCGAACGAAAGUAUUGCGACCGGCGUUACAAAGAGAGCUGUACAUGUGAUCGCUUUCCGACUUUCAAUAUAGCGAACUGAAGAUGGCAACUUUGCAUACAACCUGCACAGCUUUGCUUCUGACAAUUUUCUUGAUCCCAGAUUACUUGAGUCUCAGUCCUGUGCUGGCAGUGGAGACCUGUCUAGAUGGAUCAACAGCGGCCAUGAGUUGUACCGGCCAGGAGUGCAGCGCGCCACUUUGUCCUCGAUUUCCCACAGCUCAGUGCAACCCCGACCCCUGCAAUGAGUGCCGUCCAUCCUACAACAUCCAAAAGGCCGCGCUCCCAGCCCCUGCAACAACCGUCAGCUGCAACUGCUCGGACAACUCCUUGCCACUCACAUGCGUACCAAAUCCCUGUACCGUGCUCUUCUGCCUGGCCCGGCCAAACGCGAUUUGCAUCUCGGACUACUGCAACGGAUGCAACGCAGUCUUCUAUAACAGGGAUGGCUCUGGACCCGUGGACUGCGGCGUACAGACGAGCUUCUCCGGCAACGUGACGCUGGCAGGGAACCCCUUCGUUUUGGCCGCACCCCCUCCUCCACCGCCACCGAGUGCCGCGACUCUGCCGGCUCUCCCAUACUUGCUUCUUCUGUCUCUUUUGAGCUUGCUGUUUGUACUUAGACGUUCGUGACUAAUUCCGAC